AUGCCUAUGGUUACCUCGGACCCGAUCACUUUGUUGAACGAUGUCAAACCAUUCAAAACAACAUGGAAGGUUGAAGUGAAAGUUCUGCAUUCAUGGACACAACAUUCAUCUUAUUCUGGUGGAGACUCUCUUCAGUUCAUACUAGCAGAUAAGAGAGGUGUUAAGAUUCAUUGUACCUGCAAGAGACUCUUCUAUGGUCGUGUUAAAAAACUUCAGGCUUCGGUUGAGACAUCCCUAAUCUUCAAUUUUUUUAAUAAUAUGGUUGUAGAUGUUAUUGGUCAAGCAAUUGAUAUUGGAGAUAUCCAGGUUGUGCCUGCGCAAGGUGGUAAAGAAACAAAGAAGCUUGAACUCACUUUAACAGAUACAGAAGAUCAGCAAGUAGCAUGUUGUCUUCGGGGUCAGUUUGCUGAACAAAUGUUACAUACAUCCAAAGUUGCUCAAGUGAAUCAAAACUUUCUUUGUUUACUGAGAUUUGCCAAAAUCAAUGUUUACAAGGGACAAGUUCAGAUAACAAAUGCAUUUGAUUCUUCCACAAUUGAAAUAAAUCCACCCGGGUUUGACGUCCAAGACUAUCUACAAGUGUUGCCAAAUAAUGACAUUGCUCUCACUACUGGUAGUCAUGAGGUUGCAAAAACUCAAGGAAACAAACGCCCACUUGAUAAAUGGUCUACUUAUCCAGAGAGAUCAAUACUUGAUAUCAUAAUGGCGACUGAGACUGAAAAGUGCAUUGUUAAGGGCACGAUUUUUGCAAUUGAUACAGACUGGGCUUGGUUUAAACUACAUCUACUUAUAAAGGAUGACACUGGUGAAACUAGAGUCCUGCUUCUUGAUAGUAUUGCUGAACCCAUUUUGGGAGUAAGUGCUGAAGUGCUCUUAGAUGGUUCUCUAGAAGAGAUUGAGGAUCCAGAAGACUUGUCUGAUGCUAUUAAUGAUCUUAUUGGUAAAACUUUCAAGUUUGGUGUGUAUGUGAGCAAAGACAAUGUUGACUAUGGAGCUGAUAUAUUUAACACUGGAAAGACAUGGUCUGCUGAUGAAAUCAUAUCUCAGUCUGACGAUGAGAAUACUGAGGAUACAUUGACCAACAUUGCUUUAUCAGACCGUUCAUCAGGACAGGUAUCUUUGAUCAGUAUUGAGAGUGGACACCACAUGUUUGUCUUCAACUCCACUAUCAAAACGAAAAGGAAACAAUGA